AUGUUUGAUGGUCCUGGAGCGCCUUUUUCCGGAUCAGCCGUUGGUGUAUGUACCGGGCUGGUGGAAGCGCGUCCUGCUGAUCAAUGUAUACCAAUUAUUGGUGGUUGUUCUUGGCACGUAUACGUGGGAGACGUGGCUGUCCGAUGCACACCUGUUUCAUUUACGCAACUUCGUGUCGCCCAUGGUGGGUGGUAUAAUUGCCUACCUCAUUCAUACGUGGGUCUUCUACUGGUUCCAUCGAGCACGACACAAUGUUUAUUUCCUGUGGCUCUGGUUUCACCAGUUGCAUCACAGUGCACAGCGAAUCGAAGCGAUUACCUCGUUUUACAAGGCACCCCAAGAGAUUCUCGUCGAUUCGAUCAUCAUGACAAUAUUGCUCUAUCCUUUGCUCGGUCUCAGCAGGGAAUCAAGCGUUUGGCUGUCGGCCUUUGCUGCCUUUGGCGAAUAUGUCUAUCACAUGAACAUAAAAACACCGCGCUGGGUGGGCUACUUCUUUCAACGUCCAGAAGCGCAUAG